UUAGGUGCUAUAUAAACUCGCCACUGCCUUACCAAAGCAUCAGUUCGUCUGCAGCACAGCAAACAAACAGCCCAACCAACCAACAUGAAAUUCCUGGUUUGCAUCGCCCUGCUGGUCGCCGUGGCCGCCGCCGAGCCCGGAUAUGGCUACAACUCUUACAACUACGGCGUUGCCCCUUACAGGCACCACUACGUCGCCCCCGUCGCCACCUCCUACGCCAACGUGAACUCCGUGCACCGCGCCGCCCCCGUCGCCUACGGAUACGGCCACAGCCCCCUGGCCUACAACUCCUACGGUCGCGUCUACGGAAACGCUUACAACACCUACCCCGCCGCCUCUUCCUACAGCUACGGCCACAGGAACUACGCCCACAGCUACGGUCUCCACGGCCUCCACUACUAAGAUUGUUUUUGACAGCGCAUCCAACAUCAUUUCGAUCUAUUUAUUCCCACAUAAUGAUAUCCGCUCAAAUGUUUCGUGAUCCAAGAAUGUAUAAUAAAUUUAUCAGACUGAUUUAAAUAUAAA